AAUCCUCUUUUCUAAAUCUCAAUAAUCAAAAUUUUAGCUGGCUAACAUGCUGAAGACCUAAUCAUCAAAGUGUGAACUGGGAAAGAUUCUACUCCCCUCCUCAAUUACGCCUCGUCUCCCCCUCUUGCCUUUUUUUUUUUUUUUUAUCUUAGUCAUAUCCCAGCGUGCAGAGUAUAUAUGCAAGAGAGAGGCGUCGUCUGUAUAACAACUCCCCAUCAAAAGUCAAUAAAGCCAAUCCCAUUAUUUUGAAUAAAAUAUAGUCUUGCCAACCACUAUUUGGUCUGAGCUUUGUGUGUACAAUUCAAUAUUUUACUGGUAACAUCACCAAGAAUGAAAAAGAUGGCUGCUGCUCUCAUCAUAGUUGCAAUCAGCAAAAAUAAUCAUCCAUGUAGCUACCUAUCAAUGGAGAAUUGGUCAACUCCAACCGGGUUUCUUCCCUUUUGCUCUUUUUUUGUUCUCUGGUUCAAGCUUUCAUACCCCACUUUCUUGGGUUGCAAAAAACAGCGGCUGCAGCUCUUAUCUCUUGUGGGCCUAAGUAUAUAGAGAUUAUUCACAAUCUCGGGUAAAAUGUCGGUUCUUGGGAUGUCCCAGCUAACUUUUGCAGAGCUUAGAAUGAGUCUAGUUAUGUGUAUAUGCUGGUAUUUCUUGUUUAUUUGUGCAGAUUGUCAACAAACUGAUCCGGCUGAAGUUAGUGCAUUACGAUCCAUCAAAAGAAGUUUGGUGGAUCCUUAUGGAAAUCUUGCCCGCUGGAACAAGGGGGAUCCAUGUGCUUCAAAUUGGACGGGGAUUAUCUGCUAUAAUACAACACUUGAUGAUGGUCUCUUUCAUGUUAGAGAAUUGUUAUUACUGAAUAGGAAUCUGUCCGGCAGUUUAUCUCCAGAACUUGGCCGUUUAUCUUAUUUGAAGAUAUUGGACUUUAUGUGGAACAACAUUACUGGGACCAUACCAAAGGAGAUAGGCAACAUUACAACGUUAGAACUUUUGCUUCUGAACGGAAAUCAACUAACAGGUUCCUUGCCUGAUGAGCUUGGUAAUCUUUCGAACUUGGACAGGAUACAAAUUGACCAAAACCAUAUAUCAGGACAACUACCUGUGUCAUUUGCGAACUUGAGCAAAGCAAAACACUUCCACAUGAACAAUAAUUCACUGAGCGGGCAAAUACCACCGGAGCUAUCUCGACUUCCAAUUCUUGUUCAUCUGUUGCUUGAUAAUAACAACUUAUCAGGAUAUCUUCCACCAGAACUUUCUGAAAUGCCAAAUUUAUUAAUACUUCAACUCGACAACAACAACUUUGAAGGGAGUACAAUACCAUCAUCAUAUGGCAACAUGUCUAAACUGUUGAAGUUGAGUCUUAGGAACUGCAGUUUGCAAGGGUCCAUUCCUGAUUGGAGCAAUAUGCCAAGUAUUGCUUACAUAGAUUUGAGCCUAAACCAGCUUAAUGGAACUAUACCAAGAGGUGCACUUUCGGAAAAUAUCACGACAAUUGAUCUGACGAGAAACAAUCUGAAUGGUACCCUUCCCGCUAGCUUUUCAAGUCUUCCUCUCUUACAAAAAUUGUCAGUCGCGAACAAUUCUUUGAGUGGUUCUGUUCCUUCCACCAUCUGGCAAAAUAGGACUCUGAACUCAACUGAGAGACUCAUUCUGGAUUUUGGGUUCAAUAUGUUUUCAAACAUUUCUGGCAUCCUUCUCGCUCCUCCUAAUGUCACCAUUGGGCUUCAAGGAAAUCCCGUAUGCUCAGCUAGCAAUCUAAUUCAGUUCUGUGGACCUCAUGAAGAAGAUUUCAGCAAUACCUUAAAUGUUACAGAUCUCAAUAAGUGUCCUCCCCAAUCAUGUCCACCUCCUUUUCAAUAUGCCCCUCCAUCUCCUGUUAUAAGCUGCUUUUGUGCUGUUCCACUGCUUGUUGGAUAUCGGUUGAAAAGUCCUGGAUUCUCAGAUUUUCUUCCAUAUGUCAAUUCUUUCAAAGAGUACCUAAGUUCUGGUCUGGAAUUGAAUGUCUCUCAGCUGGACAUUGAUUCAGUGGCUUGGCAGAAGGGACCUCGUCUUAGAAUGUACCUCAAGAUUUUUCCAGCCUAUGUCAAUGAUAGUAUUCGGUUAUUUAACAAGAGUGAGGUCAUCUGGAUUCAAGAAAUGUUUAGUGGAUGGAGGAUUCCUGACAGUGAAGUCUUUGGACCUUACGAAUUUCUCAAUUUCACACUUCUGGAUCCUUAUAAAGAUGAAUUUCCUCCUCCUUCAUCGUCUGGCUUAAGCAAGGGAGCUCUGGCAGGUGUUAUACUGGGGACAAUAGCUGGAUCAGUCACUCUAUCUGCAUUUGUUUCACUUCUUAUCUUGAGACGGCACAUCCGGAAACACCAUACAUCUUCAAAAAGACGUCAAUCAUCAAGGAUCUCAGUGAAAAUUGACGGGGUCAAAGAUUUCACUUAUGGUGAAAUGGCACUGGCCACAAAUGAUUUUAAUAACUCAACAGUGGUUGGGCAAGGAGGUUACGGGAAGGUACAUAGAGGUGUUCUUGCUGAUGGAACCAUUGUGGCCGUCAAACGUGCUCAGGAGGGAUCAUUGCAGGGUGAAAAGGAGUUUCUUACGGAAAUAGAAAUAUUAUCGAGGUUGCAUCAUAGAAACCUGGUGUCGUUGGUUGGAUACUGUGAUGAAGAAGGUGAACAGAUGCUGAUUUAUGAAUUCAUGCCAAAUGGUACCUUGAGGGAUCAUCUAUCAGGUAAGUCUAAAGUGCUGUUGACUUUUGCCAUGAGGGUAAAAAUUGCAUUGGGUUCAGCCAGAGGCAUCCUUUACCUUCAUACUGAAGCCAAUCCUCCAAUAUUUCAUCGGGAUAUCAAGGCAACCAACAUAUUGCUUGACUCCAAAUUUACCGCCAAGGUUGCUGAUUUUGGACUAUCACGGCUAGCUCCGGUUCCGGAGCUUGAAGGAGACAUCCCUUCUCAUGUAUCUACAGUAGUCAAAGGAACACCGGGAUACCUUGAUCCAGAGUAUUUCCUAACUCAUAAGCUGACGGACAAAAGCGAUGUAUAUAGCCUUGGAGUUGUAUUCCUGGAGAUGUUGACUGGAAUGCAUCCAAUUUCACACGGCAAAAACAUUGUUCGGGAGGUUAACAAUGCAUAUCGUUCGGGUAUGAUAUUCUCUAUCAUUGAUGAGCACAUGGGGUCUUAUCCUUCCGAAUGUGUGGAGAAAUUCGUAAAUCUGGCUCUGAAGUGCUGCCAAGAAGAGACAGAUGGCCGACCUUCAAUGGCGGAAGUAGUUAGAGAACUUGAAAGCAUAUGGCUUAUGAUGCCAGAAUCCGACACGAACUUAUCAGAAUCCAUGGCCACUGAUCCCACGAAAGCUGUGACUCCACCAUCUUCAUCCUCAUCCCUGAGAAAUCCUUAUGUUUCACAAGAUGUCUCUGGCAGUGAUCUCGUCAGUGGAGUCAUUCCCACCAUUGCACCGAGAUGAUGGUAUCAUUUGGUUUUUCAUUUUCGGUUCCUUGGUGUUGCCAUUGAUAGGAUUUUGACAAAGUUUUGUACAGUCAUUAUUUUAAUCACAGUUGCACAUUGUCAGCAGUUUUAGUUUCACUACAGGAUGGCCA